AAAACGAUAAUUCCAAAUAGUCAUAGAGGAGUAGACUGCAUAAGUUCUAGUUAUAAGAAAUUGUUGCUAAAACCCGUCAAUUACUUAAACAGCAUUAUUAACAAUCAUUAUUUUGCAUAAAAGCGAGAAAGGUAGACAUGGCGGAUAGCAAAGUGAUUGAACGGCACGUCACCAAAAUGGUCGUGUUAGGAGGCCGAUUCCAACUGGGAGGCUUGUACGACUAUCUAAUCGACCACACCCUUCCAGAUCGGCAGUAUUGGGCAUUGGAUGAUGUGGCAUCCGCCACUCGAGUCGACGACCAGUUCAAGCUCGAAUUGGAACUACCUGACUCUGAAUCCACUAGCAACAAGUGGGAAAACAUGGGACUUGACGAUCACCUGAAAGCCACCGUCAUAGCUGGUCUUAUUGAAAAGUACCGCGGUGCUGUUGGCUACCUGAAUCACCGACAAGGACUGGCACAAGUCAGUCGAACAUUAAUUUGCCGGAUUAGCAAAUGGCAAGAAAAUUUAGAUAUACCAACUCUCUUUAAUAAAAAGACUCCACUUAAUGAUGCCUCUGGAGACGAAAAGCCAUCGCCCAAAUUGGAAAUAUGUCCAACCCAAAUUGUGGCUGGAAUAACCUACGGAGCGGAAGCUUACUGCGUCCUAACGCAGGAGCUCAACGGCAACAAAGAAGACGAAGAGGCUCGAGAGGCUGCCGAGGAAUACCUGUCAAACAUAGCGGCCAAGAUGAAAGAAGCUUUAAAAGAAAAGCAAAAUUUAGCAGAGUUUAACGAUCAGUUCGACAAAGAAAAGAAAAAACAGUUGAACCGCUUGAAAUGCCAUUUAUACGUUGAUGUCCUUACUCCGGCUUUCCGUGAAUGCAACGUUGUGGAUGCCUACAAAAACUGUCUCAAACUCAUCCAGCAAGUCCAAAUAUCUGAUAUUGGAAAUACCAGCAAGAUCGUCCCGAUUGCCGUCCGCCUAUUUCCUCUAAAAGUGAUCAUGGAACAAGCUGGAGGAGAAUUGGGUGUACCAUUCGAAUUCCAAGACGUCGACGGCGAAUUAAUAGCUUGUUGUUGCCAUGUCUUGGACGAACUGGAGCGAGUCGAUGCAAAGAUUGAAGUCUUUCGUAACAGCAACAAAAAGGUCAGCUUGACAUCUUUAAAUCAGUUUGAAAAAACUUUAACUAAAUACAAAGAAAUCAUGAAAAUGAGCUUUAAAAAAGGCAUCGUGAAAGCCCGUCAAACUGGUGACGAGGAAGAAAUCAAAAAGAUCGUCAAAAUUGCCGAAACUCACUCCCUUUUCAAACCAACUCAACUGAAACGUUGGCUUGGCUACAAACAGGCCGAGUUUGAAAUGUCAAGAAAAAUGUCGACGACCAACAAAAUCGUCUUCUUGACUGACAAAAAACAAUUAGAGAACGAACUGCGCGAUUCGUUUGAAAAGAAAUACGCUCUGGUACUGAGCAUCCCGCCGCUGGAUGAACGGACAAACGACAUCCUACUGGAGAUGAAAAAUUACGUUGAAACCUACGAGAAAUUAGUGGAAACUAGAAAGCGGACUAGCAGUGACGACAUGGAUGAAUAUAGCAGUGAGCCUGAAGAUGAUGACCUUCCGUGGCAUAUGAUUCCACGAAAAGAGAAGCAGGUAAUGAUUAAAAUCCGUGAGCUCGCCGCUCACAUAGAAAAGAAUAAACACCUAGAAGACAAAGUUCAGUUCUUAGUCUUAUUUGGAGAGAGAGGAACCAAGAAACUCGUAUGUCGCUAUUCUUUGUAUGAAGACGGACAACUGCUUAAAGACAACGUAAACCAAUUGCCCCGGCCUCCUACAAUGCUGCUGGUUUUCUCGGAGACCAGAAAUACCAGCAAGGGAAUGUCGAGCAUCCAGCUGAAGUGGAAUUGUGAAGACCUCGGUUUCCCGUGUCAUUUUAUUGUAGAAUACCGGCAGAGUUCCGGUGAAAAUUGGAUACAAAAGAAAACGACAAAGCCAGGCGAGACUGAAAUGAGGAUCCCUUACAAAGUCGGAUCGACUAAUAUGAAGAUUAGAGUGGCGACCGACUCUUGCAUCGGUCGAAGUGAAUUUAGUGAAAUGAUCGACACAGAAACUGCCUUGGACUCUAACGAAAAUGAAGAACUGGAACCUGAGAACGAAUCGGAACGGAUCUCUAAUGACGGACAGGAAACAAGUGCUCCAAGUAACGAAGUUCAUUUGACGCCACUAGCCAGCAGUGAGGUGCGUUUCGCUGAAAGGAUCGCGAAAAGCUGUAUAAGUAUCGGGAAGCGAAACGGAAUGGAUGUGUUGAAUGUACCACUGAUCAAAUGCAAUUCUGGGCCAAGUACAUCCGGCCAACGAUUUGCAUUCAACAAAACCGACAGUUAUAAAGGAAAGAUGCAACACAAAACGAUCCUGAUUAUGGGCGCCACCGGUUCCGGCAAGACGACGCUCAUCAACAGCAUGAUCAAUUACAUUUUCGACGUGCAGUGGGAAGACCCGUUCCGUUUCCAGCUGAUCCAAGAACAGGUGACCGGAAGUUCAAAAGCUGAGAGUCAGACGAACCGUAUCACGGCUUACGACAUCCAUCACGCGGAGGGAUUCCGCAUCCCUUACUCUCUGACGAUCGUCGACACGCCCGGCUACGGCGACACUAAAGGCCUCAACCGAGACCAGGAGAUCACCAACAUGGUUCGCAAGUUUUUCGAAGACAAAAGUGGCAUACAGGAACUGGAUGUGAUCGGCUUUGUCGUUCAAGCUAGUCUUCCUCGUUUGACACCAACUCAGAAAUAUAUCUUCGACUCGGUGCUCUCCAUCUUUGGCAAGGAUGUGAAAGAGAACAUAAACUUUUUGUUGACGUUCGACGACUGCCAGUUACCGCCUGUGUUAAAGGCCAUUACUGAGGCUGAUCUACCCUAUCCGACAGACCCUCAGACUGGCGAUCCGGCCCAUCACAAAUUCAACAAUUCCAGCUUCUUUUGUUUUAACUCGCCUGACAGCGAAGAGACUGAUGACGAUAAUUACUUUGAUCACUUCUUCUGGGAAACAGGAAUGGAAAAUUUCCAGCGCUUUUUCACCGUUUUAGCUACGAUGAAUACAAAGUCUCUUGCAUUAACCAAAAAAGUGCUUGACGAGAGAAAGCGGCUGGAAGCGACAGUGGACGGACUCCAGCCGCUCAUCAAAAUCAGAUUGACCAAGAUGGAAGAGAUGAGGAAGACGAAAAUGGUUAUUGCCAACAGCCAAGCGCAAAUCGAAGCCAACGAAAACGUCCACUUCGAGGUCGAGGUUACUAGGCCAAAAAAAGUUGACAUUCCAGCCGGCCAGUAUCUGACCAAUUGUAACAAGUGCUAUGUAACAUGCCACAAUCCGUGCCAAAUCCCAAACGACGACGGAAAAGUCGAUUGUGCUGCCAUGGAUCGUUCCAUGCCAAAAGAAACUCGCACCUGUAAAAUUUGCCCGAAAAAGUGCAUCUGGUACAUGCACUCCAACCAGCCGUAUAAGUGGGAAUAUGUCAAAGAGAAGCAGGUCACAUCAUCAGGCGCCAUUAAACAAAAAUACGAACUGGAACUAAAGAAAAAGCUAACGGCCAAGGAGUUGGUGGAAAUUCUAGAGAAGGACGUCGAGGAUAUCAACAAAAUUGUACUGGAAAGAGUCGACACUGUUACUCAAUGCAUCAAGAAGCUGGAUGAGAUCGCCCUGCGUCCGAAUCCUUUCUCAACGCCCGAGUACAUCGAUUUGAUUAUAACCACCGAGCAACGGGAAAAAGGUGUCGGCUACAAGGAUAGAAUCGAGAGUUUGGAAAAAUUGCGCGAAAUGGCCAUCAUUACCAGUAAAGUGAGGAAUAAAAAAUUGUUACUGAGCUUGGACGAAAAAGACGAUGAACUUGGCGAUGGCACGGUAGAUCAUGCUGACGAUCAUUAUGGGGCCUCCAUGCAUAGCCAAGUUGAUCAGGAAAUGUUCGAAGGUUCUUUUAUAUGUAAUUGAAAGUUUUUUAUGAUCAAUCCAUCUGAUUAAAUUCCAUCAUUAAAUGAAUGUCAUGUUUCAAAA